AUGGAUUUUCUCUUUCAACGCCUCUCGGAAGGAUCGUCAUCUUCUUCAUUAAUUUGUGGUCAUAGUUCAUCAACUCAUGGCUAUAGAUAUGACAUAUUUUUAAGUUUUAGAGGUCUUGACACUCGUCAUAGUUUCACCGAUUACCUUUAUGAGGCACUUAUAGAGGCCAAUAUCACUGCCUUCUUGGAUGAUGAAGAGAUUGAAACAGGGGAAGAUCUGAAACCGGAAUUGGAGAAUGCAAUCAAGGCAUCUCGGGCUUCUAUUAUAGUGUUGUCUAAGAAUUACGCCUCUUCAACAUGGUGUCUCGAUGAAUUGGUGCUGAUCCUUGAACAACGUAUGACAUCCAAUCACAUCGUCAUCCCAAUCUUCUAUCACGUGGAGCCCACCCAUGUCAGGAAGCAACAAAGUAGCUACGGGGAUGCAAUGGCUAAGCAUAAACAGAAAAUGGAUGAAGAGACAGAUGCAAAUAAAAGAAGUCAGUGGGCUCAAAAGAUGGAGCGUUGGCAUAGAAUACUUACACAAGUUUCUCACUUAAAGGGGAAAAAUGUAAAUGGAAGGCUAGAGAAGGAGUUUAUUAAAGAAAUUGUGAAUGACAUUCACGGUAGAAUCGAUGUACCCUUAAGGAUUGCUCAACCCCUACUUAUUGGGAUGGAGUCUUCAAUUAAGUUCAUCAAUUCAUGGUUGAAAGAUGGAUCCUCACAUACGGCUGACAUACUCACUAUUUCGGGUAUGGGUGGAAUCGGGAAAACAUCAUUAGCCAAAUAUGUCUACGGGUUACAUUGUCGUGAAUUUGACACGAGCAGCUAUAUUGAAGAUAUUGGCAGGAGGUGUGAUGGAAAGUAUAAUGGGCUACUUGAUAUACAAAAACAACUGUGCCAUGACAUUUCAAAGACAAGUUCAAUUCAAGUUUAUGAUGUUUCUAAAUACACCACAAUGAUAGAGAACACAUUAGCCCGUAAAAGGGUCUUUCUAGUAGUUGAUGAUAUUGAUAGUUCUGAUCAGUUGGAUGCAUUACUUGGAAGCAAAGGUUUUCAUCCUGGAAGCAAAGUUAUAAUAACAACAAAGGACUCAUGGUUGACAGAGAGUUGUGCACUUUUCAAAACAAACAUUAAACCUAAGCAUGCAAUGCAUUUCCUUGAAGGCUUACAUGUGAUUGAAUCACUACAACUUUUGUGUCUCCAUGCAUUUAUGUGCAACCAGCCCAAGGCAGGUUAUGAAGAGGUGUCUUAUAAGCUUGUGAAGUAUUGUCAAGGACAUCCAUUGGCUCUCAAAGUUUUAGGCAAGUCUCUACAUAAUCGAGAUGUAGCUUACUGGGAAGGAUGCAUAGAAGGGCUAAAAAAAGAAAUCAGUUCCCCUAUAAAUAAUGUCUUGAAAAUGAGUUUUGAUUCUUUGCCAUCCAACAAUGAUAAAGACUUAUUUAAGCAUAUUUCUUGUUUUUUUGUUGGAGUCGAUAAAGAUCUCACCGAAACAAUAUUAAGGGCAUGUGGUAUAAACACAAGAUGUGGGAUUACGAAUCUCAUUGAUAGAUUUCUUCUUAGUAUCGGAAAGAAUAACGAAUUGGAGAUGCAUCAGUUGCUUCAACAGAUGGGAAGAUGGGAAGUACAUCAAGAAUCACCUGAUAACCCAUGGAAGCGAAGUCGAUUAUGGUGUCAUGAGGAGUCGUUCAAAGUGUUGAAACAAAAAAAAGGUAAGGGAAAUCUUGUAGGCCUUGCCCUUGAUAUGCGGAUGCUUGAGAAACAGAAUUUGUGUGCAACAUUUCAAACAGAGGCGUUGAGUAACAUGGAUAAUUUGAUGCUACUACAACUCAAUUAUGUGCAAAUGAAUGGGUCUUAUGAGAACUUUCCAGAAGAAAUAAGAUGGUUAUGUAUGCAUGGGUUUCAUUUAAAUUCUAUACCUUUAGACUUACCUAUGGAAAAUCUUGUUGCUCUUGACAUGUCAUAUAGCAAUAUUGAAUCAUUUUUCAAUUGUUAUAGUAAUCCACAACGACAUGAGAAGAGGCAAAAUUUGGAUGCAUCGUGUUUAAAAGACAAAAGGUUGCUUGGAUCAUUGAAGAUUCUUAAUUUAAGUUUUUGUAAACAACUUCGUAUGCUUGGUGGAUUUGACGAACUCCCCGCACUUGAGAGGUUAAUAGUUAGAAAUUGCAUUGUUUUGCUUGAGGUUUGUGAUUCGAUUAAACAAUGUGUUGAACUUGUCCUUAUUGAUAUGAGCAACUGCAACAAGCUUGAAAAAUUUCCAAGAAACAUAAGCAUGUUAAAGAAGGUUAAAACAAUGCUUCUAGAUGGAUGUAAUCUUGGUGAAUCUCGUGUUGAGAAUAGGGAUACGGAUUUACGGGAAAUGUGCAAGGCUAACAACAUUGGCAUAAACACAAGAGCCUCUUCCUCCGCCUUUCCAGGUGGUAUACCAUGUGAUUUGAAGGCCUUUGCAAUUUCUUUACCAAGAUCGUUAGUAAGUUUGUCACUUGCAAAUAAUAAUUUGUCCACUGAAUCUUUUCCCAUGGACUUCAGUUGCCUAUCCAUGUUAAAGGAAUUAUUUUUAAAUGGGAAUCCUAUCAUUUCCCUCCCCACUUGUGUGAGAACCCUUCCUAGGCUUGAGAUACUUAGUAUGGAAGGUUGUAAAAAAUUGAAGUCAAUCGAGCAUCCUCCACCUACACUAAGAAAGUUGGUUCUUUAUCCUCAUCGUAAUCAUUCUAUAGAAAAAAUUGUAUUUGAUCCAGAAAUGUCACCACUUCGGGUACUCUUUCACUUGAGAGGUUUCGAACGUGGGUCUUAUGAAAUUGAAGGCAUGGUGAAAAUCCAACCAAUAGUGGGUGUUGAUAAAAAGGUACUACGUAGAUUGGGUUGGACUAAAUUAGACUUCCUUAACGAAAGGCACUUGGGAACUAAUUCUUUGGAUUCUGAAAUGCAGAUGUUUUAUCAAUUUGGAAUAUUCAGCACAAUGUAUGAGGUGGACGAGAUGCCAAUUUGGUUUAGGCACAGAAAUGCAGGGCGAUCAAUAACAUUUACCAUCCCAUCAUCAUCUCCAAACAACCUGCUUACAGGACUCAACUUCUGCUCUGUGCACACGCCUAUUCCAAAUGAUCCUUUUCUUGGGUUUCAAUAUUUUGUUGAGACAUCUCGAUUUCACGAUUGUCAGUUCCCUCGUUCGCCAAUGAUAAAAAUUAGUAAUGUAACAAAGAAACGCAUGUGGAGUUACGAACGUUACCCAGACAGACCUUUUGGAGGCCCAAAGUGUUGCAUGUUGUUAAGUCAUUGGAUGUUUGGGAUGAAUGAGAUGGAGGCUGGUGAUCAGGUUACUAUUACUGUUACAGAUUCGAGGAAUAAUGAACGUGUAAAGGAGUGUGGGGUGAGUUUUGUGUAUGAUGAUGGAGAGAACAAUGAAGAAGAAGCAGAAGAAGAAGAAGAAGAAGAUGUGUUGGGUUAUUACAAGUCAUGGAAUCACAUAAUUGGCGGAGAUCUCUCCCCUUUUAAAAACCCUUUUCAAACGACAGGAGAAUACGUCCUACGGCAUAGGCGAUUUUUUCAACCUGGCAGAAUUGGUGAAGAACUAUGGUUUAGAGCAUUCUCUCAAAGGAAGCCUGAUAUAAUUGGUGACGCACGUAAGGUGAGCACAAACGUCAAAAAGUCAAAGAACGUUAACAGGAAAAGUCAAAGAGCCAAAAAUGCAAAAUUACUUGAAGAUAGGAACCAAAUGGUAAAAUAUUUUCGUCUAAGGGCUAAAAGUGUAAAAGUAUUGAAGUUUCACAUGUCGGGGACCAAAAGCGUCAAAUCUGCCAAAGUUGGACCACACAUUUUGAAGUUUUUGAACCGGACACUUUGAAUCAUCGGGAUGGAAACUUUGAUCUUGCCUGCCGAGCGCUUACCAAGAAAGAAUUACCAGCCCACAUGUGCUUAUUACGUGAUCAUUACAAUGCCUCUUUUUGGUAAUUCUCACCCAAUGUAUUUUUUCUAAAUGCAAAUUGUACAAGCCUUAUUUGCACAAGCUUUCUAAGAUUUAAACAACAAUACCUUCUUUGUGAC